AAUGGGCACUUGGGUGGCCUGCUGGUAGCAACCAGGGGCCGGGGUGCCGGGCCGCCGCCGCCGCGGUGGGACCCGAUGCCGGCGACGUGGCACGACAUGUUUCGGGCGGCGGCGGCGGCGGCGGCGGGUGCCGACACGGUGCUGCUGCAGCUGCUGCGUGAGCGGCACGGUGCUGCUGCUGCGGCGGCUGCCGACACGGUGCUGUGGCGGCUGCUGCGUGAGCGGUGGAGGACGUGGCGCGACGAUGUACCUGGCGGCGGUGGCGGCUGGCGGCGGUGUGGAGGGGCUGGAGUGGGCACUGGCGGCGCAUGCGGGCGGCGCAUGCGGGCGGCGGCAAGAAGAAGAGGAAUAAGGCCCUGCGCUUCGACCCGCUCCAGGUGCGGCCCACAGGCACGGCAACCUAGCCGCCGCCCAGUGGUUGCUGUCCAGCGGGCUGUGUGGGCCGCUGCCGCACCCCGCCCCGCCUGUUCGCGCCGCACUGCCGCGGCGGCCUAUUGUUGCCGCGGGAGCCGGCGGAAUUCAACCCCGCGGGCGGACUGAUCUCGGCGAUUGCCAGCUGCUACCGGCUGUGGCUGCCGCGACCGAGCGGCGUGGCGGCGGGCGGCGGCGGUGACGGUGAUGGUGGGUGCGAGGAGGAGGAGAGUGAUGAGUGGGACGACAUAUCGAGCGGCCGGGGGCGGCGGCGGCCGGAGCCGACUGGCUUUGAGGGGGCGUGGGCGGCGUACCGCAGCCGUGUCCGGGGCAGGGACGGUGCGAGGCUGUACCCGCAGGCCGGCGGCAGGCGGCGGCGGCGUGAGCCGGUGGGGGCAGUAGCUGCGAGCCAGGAGGCGGCGAGGGAUCCCGGACUGGUUAUGUGUGAGCAGAUGGCGGUGCACGUGCGCGUGUGAGUUGCCAGCGCACCAGCGCGCCUGGCUGAGGGGCCGUGUGCGGGCGGCGGCGGCGGCGGCGCGCGCGGCGGCGGGCGAGGAGGUGGGGGAGGACGUGGAGGAGGAGGAGGAGGAGGAGGUUGUGGGGAAGGCGCAGCGUGUCAGGUGGGAGGAGGCGGGGGAGGAGGAGUGGGCUGAGUGGCAUUGGGAUGGCGAUGGCGAUGACGACCUGUUGGCCUGACGGCGGCUGUCGGCCUUUUGUGGGAGCAGGCGCAGUGGCCCCACAAGCUUAGUGGCCCCACAAGCUGAGUUACUUUAAAGGCUUCUAGAGGGUCUAGGGUCCUGGUCUCCGUCUCUUACUGGGUAAAAUGCCAGGUAUGGUGCAAACGGGUGGGCCAGUGGGGUACACAAAGCCCCGGCCCCCAGCCAGGACGCGUACGGUAGUGCGGCGGCGCUGGUGGGCAGGCCAGUGCAGGCCUGGCUGUGAUCGAGCGGACACUCGUGUGUAGUGCAUCCAUA